ACGGGGCCAGACGUAACACCAGUGCGGGCGAACGGCGAGCUAUACAGCGAUACGGUCCUCUCGAGCCGCGGUGGAAGAUGGCAGCUCGUCUGAUGCUCAAGAAAAAGACAUAGACGGCGUACUCUGCGUCGCCUCUUCUGUCGUGAAAGCUUCGACAUUUUCUCCAGAUUACCAACACCCCAAAUGAACUCCGUCAGAGCAAGUAACGUGAACAGAAGACCUAGGCGAGUAUCAAGGCCGCGCCCGGUGCAGCCCGAUAGGAACCACCAGGAAAGAGCAUUUUCCCCCUCGUCUACUAAUCGUAGAUGAGGACAUUCCUGCAGAAAUGGUUGCAGAAGAAUCUGGUCCAGGAGCUCAGAAUAGUCCCUACCAACUUAGAAGAAAGUCUCUACCUAAGAGAACGGUGUGUCCCACAAAGACAAACAUGGAGGGUGCCUCCACUUCAACAACAGAAAACUUUGGACACCGACCUAAACGCCCCAGAGUUUCAGGAAAGGGUCCCGAUUUACCAGCUGCUCCAGCAGAACAGUAUUUGCAAGAGAAGCUUCCAGAUGAGGUGGUGCUGAAGAUCUUCUCAUACCUGCUGGAGCAGGAUUUGUGCCGUGCAGCUUGUGUGUGCAAGCGCUUCAGUGAGCUGGCCAAUGACCCCAUCCUCUGGAAGAGACUGUACAUGGAGGUUUUCGAAUACACUCGACCUAUGAUGCAUCCGGAGGCAGGAAAGUUUUACCAGAUAAAUCCGGAAGAACAUGACCAGCCAAACCCAUGGAAGGAGAGUUUUCAGCAACUGUAUAAAGGUGCCCACGUUAAGCCAGGCUUUGCAGAACACUUCUACAGUAAUCCUGCCAGAUACAAAGGGAGAGAUAACAUGUUUUAUUAUGACACCAUUGAAGAUGCACUCGGAGGAGGUCAGGAGCCUCAUUUUGACGGCUUGAUAUUUGUGCAUUCUGGUAUUUACACAGAUGAGUGGAUCUAUAUUGAAUCCCCCAUCACCAUGAUUGGAGCUGCUCCUGGAAAGGUUGCAGAGAAAGUCAUCAUUGAGAACACCAGAGACUCCACCUUUGUUUUCAUGGAAGGCUCUGAAGAUGCUUACGUUGGAUUUAUGACAAUCAGGUUCAACCCUGACGAUAAAUCUGCCCAGCACCACAACGCGCACCACUGCUUGGAGAUUACAGUCAACUGCAGCCCCAUCAUUGACCACUGCAUCAUUCGUAGCGCAUGUACAGUUGGGUCAGCUGUGUGUGUCAGUGGUCAGGGGGCUUGUCCCACAAUAAAACACUGCAACAUCAGUGACUGUGAAAACGUUGGUCUUUACAUCACCGAUCAUGCGCAGGGGAUCUACGAGGACAAUGAGAUCUCAAACAACGCUUUGGCUGGGAUUUGGGUAAAAAACCACGGCAACCCAAUAAUCAGGAGGAAUCACAUCCAUCAUGGCAGAGAUGUCGGUGUUUUCACGUUCGAUCACGGCAUGGGUUACUUUGAGAGCUGCAACAUCCAUAGAAACCGAAUAGCUGGUUUUGAGGUGAAGGCAUACGCCAACCCCACGGUGGUUCGCUGUGAGAUCCAUCACGGUCAGACUGGGGGCAUCUAUGUGCACGAAAAGGGCCGUGGGCAGUUCAUUGAAAACAAGAUCUAUGCAAAUAACUUUGCAGGGGUGUGGAUCACCUCAAACAGCGACCCCACAAUAAGGGGUAACGCCAUUUUUAACGGAAACCAAGGUGGUGUCUACAUUUUCGGUGAUGGCCGAGGCCUCAUUGAAGGGAACGACAUCUAUGGCAACGCCCUGGCAGGAAUCCAGAUCAGGACCAAUAGUUGUCCUAUUGUGCGGCACAACAAGAUCCAUGACGGUCAACAUGGCGGCAUAUAUGUGCAUGAAAAAGGACAGGGAGUGAUAGAGGAAAAUGAGGUGUACAGUAACACUCUGGCAGGGGUGUGGGUGACAACAGGCAGCAUGCCAGUACUGAGGAGGAACAGGAUACACAGUGGGAAGCAGGUUGGGGUCUACUUCUAUGACAAUGGCCACGGUGUGCUAGAGGACAAUGAUAUCUACAAUCACAUGUACUCUGGGGUUCAGAUAAGAACUGGCAGUAAUCCUAAAAUCAGACGAAACAAGAUCUGGGGGGGCCAAAAUGGGGGAAUUUUGGUUUACAACUCAGGUUUAGGAUUCAUUGAGGACAAUGAAAUCUUUGACAAUGCAAUGGCAGGAGUGUGGAUCAAAACCGACAGCAACCCCACGCUGCGCAGAAAUAAGAUUCACGACGGGAGAGAUGGAGGGAUCUGUAUUUUCAAUGGAGGAAGAGGUUUGCUAGAAGAGAACGACAUCUUCAGAAAUGCCCAAGCAGGUGUUCUCAUUAGCACCAACAGUCACCCCACACUGAGGAAAAACAGGAUAUUUGAUGGCUUCGCUGCAGGUAUUGAGAUAACUAACCAUGCUACAGCAACCCUAGAAGGCAAUCAGAUUUUCAACAAUCGUUUUGGGGGAUUGUUUCUUGCGUCUGGUGUCAAUGUUACAAUGAAAGAUAAUAAAAUACAAAACAAUCAGGAUGCCAUUGAAAAGGCUGUGAGCAGAGGUCAGUGCCUGUACAAGAUUUCAAGUUACACCAGCUACCCAAUGCACGAUUUCUACAGGUGUCAUACCUGUAACACAACAGACCGCAAUGCCAUUUGCGUGAACUGCAUCAAGAAGUGUCACCAAGGACAUGAUGUGGAGUUUAUCAGACACGAUAGGUUCUUUUGUGACUGUGGAGCAGGGACGCUGUCCAAUCCAUGCACGUUAGCUGGGGAGCCGACUCAUGACACGGACACUUUGUACGACUCUGCUCCCCCUAUAGAGUCAAAUACGCUGCAGCACAACUGAGCCUUAGACCUGGGGUCUAAACACAAGAUACUUUUAGUUGUGCAGCAAAGAGCAAGCCUGAACUAUAAUAUUCACUUUGAGAGAACAAAUACAGCUAAAAUAAAAUGUGGGUCAGGAAAUUGUUGAGGAAAAAGAAGCCUGAUGGAUGCCUCGCUUUUUUCUUGAAAAAAAGACAGGAGGAGCAGAGAGCAGCAGACUCAGGGUAUGCGGGUGGGGUUAAAGUGCAAGUUACCAACGGUGAGAUGGACAAAAGCCACCUUCACUCAUCUUACUUUAUGAAACGCAAGAACAAGAUCCUACAGUGAUGUACAGAUCCAGGAAGAAAUGGUCCCUCAUUCAAAGAUGCUUCCACCACUUCGGCGACAGACAUGCUCGUAUUUAACAUACGACGGGGGGAAAAAAAUGACCUAGCACUUCAGCCUCCCCUCCCCCUUCUUAAGAAACUGAGAUUUGAUUUUAUGCUUUUGUGUAGUUUUGUAUUUUCAUGCAAAAAUCUUACUGUACUUGAAUGUCUUUAUUUUAUUAAAUGUGUUUUUUUUUUUUGUUAUUCCCCACAAUUGCUGUAACUAUACUCAUGUCGCAGUAUCUAACUUCUUUCUGUGAAAGAGAUCCAAGAAAAAGAGGAAAACACUAAACAUUUUCUCCAGCAAUGUUGACUCUUGGUUGUAGCAACAGAAAAAACCAAUGCAGAAUUGUGCUUUGACAAGACUGGUUGGAACAUGUUAGGGGGGGAAAGUCAGGUGUGGUAUUGCAGCCUGCUUUACAGAUUCUAUGCAUAUUAUUUUCUACGUUCGUCUUGUUAAACAUCAGCCUACAGGCAUUCAAAUUACAGGCUUAAUC